AUGAUUUCUUUGUCUUCCACUUAUGUUUUAGGAGGGCCAAACAUGUGGGCUAUUACCUCUGAGGAACGUACUAAGCAUGACAAGCAGUUUGAUAACCUCAAACCAUCAGGAGGUUACAUAACAGGUGACCAAGCACGUACUUUUUUCUUACAAUCAGGUCUGCCGGCUCCUGUUUUAGCUGAAAUAUGGGCUUUGUCAGACUUGAACAAAGAUGGGAAGAUGGAUCAGCAGGAGUUCUCUAUAGCUAUGAAACUUAUCAAACUAAAGCUUCAAGGACAACAGUUGCCCAUAGUUCUUCCUCCUAUUAUGAAACAACCUCCUAUGUUCUCUCCUUUAAUUUCUGCUCGGUUUGGAAUGGGAAGCAUGCCCAAUCUGUCCAUUCCUCAGUCAUUGCCUCCAGUUGCACCUAUGGCAACACCCUUGUCCUCUUCAACUUCAGGGACCAGCCUUCCUCCCUUAAUGAUGCCCACUCCCCUAGUGCCUUCUGUUAGCACAUCAUCAUUACCAAAUGGAACCGCCAGUCUCAUUCAGCCUUUAUCCAUUCCUUAUUCUUCUUCAACAUUGCCUCAUACAUCAUCGUAUAGUCUGAUGAUGGGAGGAUUUGGAGGUGCUAGUAUACAGAAGGCCCAGUCUCUGAUUGAUUUAGGAUCUAGUAGCUCAACUUCCUCAACUGCUUCACUCUCAGGGAACUCACCCAAGACUGGGACCUCUGAGUGGGCAGUUCCUCAGCCUUCAAGAUUAAAAUAUCGGCAAAAAUUUAAUAGUCUUGACAAAAGCAUGAGUGGAUACCUCUCAGGUUUUCAAGCUAGAAAUGCCCUUCUUCAGUCAAAUCUUUCUCAGACUCAGCUGGCUACUAUUUGGACUCUGGCUGACAUUGAUGGUGAUGGACAGCUAAAAGCAGAAGAGUUUAUCCUUGCAAUGCACCUCACUGAUGUAGCCAAAGCUGGACAACCCUUACCACUGACUUUACCUCCUGAACUUGUCCCUCCUUCUUUCAGAGGUGGAAAGCAAAUUGAUUCCAUUAAUGGAACUCUGCCUUCAUAUCAGAAAAUGCAAGAAGAGGAACCCCAGAAGAAAUUACCAGUUACUUUCGAGGAUAAGCGAAAAGCCAACUAUGAGCGAGGGAACAUGGAACUGGAGAAGCGACGCCAAGCCUUGUUGGAGCAACAGCAGAGGGAGGCAGAACGUAAAGCCCAGAAAGAAAAAGAAGAGUGGGAACGCAAACAGAGAGAAUUGCAAGAGCAAGAAUGGAAGAAACAACUUGAAUUAGAAAAACGCUUGGAGAAACAGAGGGAAUUGGAGAGACAGCGAGAGGAAGAAAGGAGAAAAGAGAUAGAAAGACGAGAGGCAGCAAAACAGGAACUUGAACGUCAGCGUCGUUUAGAAUGGGAAAGAAUUCGUCGACAGGAGCUUCUCAAUCAAAAGAAUAGAGAACAAGAAGAAAUUGUCAGGUUAAAUUCUAAAAAGAAGAGUCUUCAUCUUGAGUUGGAAGCACUGAAUGGCAAACAUCAGCAGAUCUCAGGCAGACUUCAAGAUGUUCGACUGAGAAAGCAAACUCAAAAGACUGAGGUGGAAGUUCUGGAUAAGCAGUGUGACCUGGAAAUUAUGGAAAUCAAGCAACUUCAACAAGAACUUCAGGUAAAUCCUUUGCUGCUAAUUUCAGAUUCAGGGAUCAGUUUACUUCAUAAAAAGUCAUUAGAAAAGGAAGAAUUAUGCCAAAGACUAAAAGAACAAUUAGAUGCUCUAGAAAAAGAAACUGCAUCAAAGCUAUCAGAAAUGGAUUCUUUUAAUAAUCAACUAAAGGAACUGAGAGAAAGCUAUAAUACACAACAGUUAGCCCUUGAACAACUUUAUAAGAUCAAACGUGACAAGUUGAAGGAAAUUGAAAGAAAAAGAUUAGAGCUAAUACAGAAAAAGAAACUAGAAGAUGAGGCUGCAAGGAAAGCCAAGCAAGGAAAGGAAAACUUAUGGAGAGAAAAUCUAAGAAAGGAGGAAGAAGAAAAACAAAAGCGACUCCAGGAAGAAAAAACACAAAAAAAUCAAGAAGAGGAACGGAAAGUUGAAGAGAAAAAAUGUGAGACAGCUAGUGUUUUGGUGAAUUAUAGAGCACUAUAUGCCUUUGAAGCAAGGAACCAUGAUGAGAUGAGUUUUAAUUCUGGGGAUAUAAUUCAGGUGGAUGAAAAAACCAUAGGAGAACCUGGUUGGCUUUAUGGUAGUUUUCAAGGAAGGUUUGGCUGGUUUCCACGCAACUAUGUAGAAAAAAUUCCAUCAGGUGAAAAAGCUGUGUCUCCUAAGAAGGCCUUACUUCCUCCUACAGUAUCUUUAUCUACUACCUCAACGUCUUUUGAACCGCUUUCUUCAAAUCAACCAGCAUCAGCGACUGAUUAUCAAAACGUAUCUUUAUCAAACUUAACUGUUAAUACUUCAUGGCAGAAAAAAUCAGCUUUUACUCGCACUGUGUCCCCUGGAUCUGUAUCACCUAUUCAUGGACAGGGACAGGUUGUGGAAAACCUAAAAGCACAGGCCCUUUGUUCCUGGACUGCAAAGAAAGAUAAUCACUUGAAUUUCUCAAAACAUGAUGUUAUUACUGUCUUGGAGCAGCAAGAAAAUUGGUGGUUUGGGGAGGUGCAUGGAGGAAGAGGGUGGUUUCCCAAAUCUUAUGUCAAGAUCAUUCCUGGGAGUGAAGUAAAGCGGGAAGAACCAGAAGCUUUGUAUGCAGCUGUAAAUAAGAAACCUACCUCUGCAGCUUAUCCAGGUGGAGAAGAAUAUAUUGCACUUUAUCCAUAUUCAAGUGUGGAACCUGGAGAUUUGACUUUCACAGAAGGUGAAGAAAUAUUGGUAACCCAGAAAGAUGGAGAAUGGUGGACAGGAAGUAUUGGAGAUAGAACUGGAAUUUUUCCAUCAAACUAUGUCAAACCAAAAGACCAAGAGAGUUUUGGGAGUGCCAGCAAAUCCGGAGCAUCAAACAAAAAACCUGAGAUUGCUCAAGUAACUUCAGCAUAUGUUGCUUCUGGUUCUGAACAGCUUAGCCUUGCACCAGGGCAGUUGAUAUUAAUUCUAAAGAAAAACACAAGUGGGUGGUGGCAAGGGGAGUUACAGGCCAGAGGAAAAAAGCGACAGAAGGGAUGGUUUCCUGCCAGCCAUGUUAAACUUUUGGGCCCAAGUAGUGAACGAACCACACCUGCAUUUCAUCCUGUCUGUCAGGUGAUUGCCAUGUAUGACUACACAGCGAGUAAUGAGGAUGAGCUCAGCUUCUCCAAGGGGCAGCUUAUUAAUGUUAUGAGCAAAGAUGAUCCUGACUGGUGGCAAGGAGAAAUCAGUGGGGUGACUGGUCUGUUUCCUUCAAACUAUGUGAAGAUGACGACAGACUCAGAUCCAAGUCAACAGUGGUGUGCUGAUCUCCAAACCCUGGACACAAUGCAGCCAAUUGAGAGGAAAAGACAGGGCUACAUUCACGAGCUGAUCCAGACUGAAGAGCGGUACAUGGAUGACCUCCAGCUUGUCAUCGAGGUUUUUCAGAAACGGAUGGCAGAAUCAGGCUUUCUCACUGAAGGAGAAAUGGCCUUGAUCUUUGUUAACUGGAAAGAGCUCAUCAUGUCUAACACAAAGCUGCUAAAGGCCUUGCGAGUACGGAAGAAGACUGGGGGUGAGAAGAUGCCGGUGCAGAUGAUCGGGGACAUCCUGGCAGCUGAACUGUCCCACAUGCAGGCGUACAUCCGGUUCUGCAGCUGUCAGCUGAAUGGAGCAGCUCUGUUACAGCAGAAGACAGAUGAAGACACAGACUUCAAGGAAUUCUUAAAGAAGCUGGCGUCUGACCCUCGCUGUAAAGGAAUGCCCCUGUCCAGCUUCCUGCUGAAACCCAUGCAGAGGAUCACCCGCUACCCCCUGCUCAUCAGAAGUAUUCUGGAGAACACCCCGGAGAAUCACGUAGACCAUUCCUCCCUAAAGCUGGCCCUCGAACGGGCAGAGGAGCUUUGCUCUCAAGUUAAUGAGGGAGUUCGGGAGAAGGAAAAUUCAGACCGACUGGAGUGGAUUCAGGCACACGUCCAGUGCGAAGGUCUGGCGGAGCAACUUAUUUUCAACUCCCUUACCAAUUGUCUGGGGCCCCGGAAGCUUUUGCACAGUGGGAAAUUAUACAAGACCAAGAGUAACAAGGAACUACAUGGAUUCCUCUUCAAUGACUUCCUGCUUCUUACCUACAUGGUCAAGCAGUUUGCCGUUUCCUCUGGCUCUGAGAAACUUUUCAGCUCCAAGUCCAACGCUCAAUUCAAAAUGUAUAAAACGCCCAUUUUCCUGAAUGAAGUCUUGGUGAAACUGCCCACAGACCCUUCCAGCGAUGAGCCUGUCUUCCACAUUUCCCACAUUGAUCGGGUCUACACCCUCCGAACAGACAACAUUAAUGAGAGGACGGCUUGGGUCCAGAAGAUCAAGGCAGCGUCUGAGCAGUACAUUGACACAGAAAAGAAGAAACGAGAGCGGGCUUAUCAAGCCCGCUCUCAAAAGGCUUCAGGCAUCGGGCGCCUGAUGGUACACGUCAUUGAAGCUACAGAAUUGAAAGCUUGUAAACCAAAUGGAAAGAGCAACCCAUACUGCGAAAUCAGCAUGGGCUCUCAGAGCUACACCACCAGAACCAUCCAGGACACGUUAAAUCCCAAGUGGAAUUUUAACUGCCAGUUCUUUAUUAAGGAUCUUUACCAAGAUGUGCUCUGUCUCACCAUGUUUGACAGAGACCAGUUUUCACCAGAUGAUUUCCUGGGUCGGACUGAAGUCCCAGUGGCAAAAAUUCGAACAGAACAGGAAAGCAAAGGCCCUACGACCCGCCGACUGCUGCUGCAUGAGGUCCCCACCGGGGAGGUCUGGGUCCGCUUUGACCUGCAGCUUUUUGAGCAAAAGACUCUCCUGUAGGGGAUCCGAGAGGACAGAGGAGGAUGGCACCAGGGGACCCGUCCCCCAGCCUGGGACAGGAGAAUGAGAGACUGCGCGCCUCGGGGACUGAAGGAGUACCCUGCAGCUUCAUCUGUCACAGAGCCACGCUGGCUGGCCCCUCUAUUUUAUUGCACUCUAAAUCGCUAGCAAGCUAUGCAAACAUCUUCCUGUAAAUAAACCAGACCCAUAGCACAGUGCCUUGUAUUAGUGUUAACAUGUUCAGCUGUGUUUAGAUGCCAAGGUUUCCAUUUUCAGGGCUAUAAAAAGUAUUAUGUGGAAAUGAGGCAUCAGACCACCAGACGUUACCACUUGGUUGAAUGUGUGCACUGUGGAGUGGUUUGAUGAUGCUGUGACCAUUCCAUGUCGUGUGACCUUUGCCGGGUCACAGCCACUCAGGAGGGAGAGGGUUGGGGUAAAGAACCGCAGCUCAGUGCUUGAGCAGCCCAAUGCUGAAAUAGCGCAUACUUGUGCACUGAAUAAAAACAGAAACUUGAUCAUUUUAUUUCUGAUUAGGUUUUACCAUUUUCUGCUAAGACAAUAUAGUUUGAAAUAUAAGGGCGAUAGCUUGAUUUACUUUAAAUACUGUGAACUCUAAUAAUGUGGAAAAUAUUUUUCAACUUUAAUUUUCUGAAGUAUAAAUUAUUUAUGUAAAUUCCUUGUUUUGCAUAUUUCAUAGGACAUGCAUCUUUAAGCUUUAUCAUUGCCAAUAUGUACAGAAAGAAUAAAAAUAUAAGUUUAUGAAUGCAACUUC